UUGAUAUAUGACAAUAUCUACUUUCGAUCACGUGUUGCGGGGCGACUUAGACGGAUUGCGCGUCAUCUCGCCUUCCCUAAUUUUCUCCUUCUGCAGCUCGAAUCCAAAACAUCAUAUCUGUAGUACGGACUACAGGGGAAAGAUGUUUAACUCGGUAAAUCUGGGCAACUUCUGCUCCCAGACGCGUAAAGACCGGACAUCCGAGUUUGGGGACAGGACGGGCUGUGCCUCCAACAUCUACCUCCCCAGCUGCACCUACUACGUUCCAGAAUUUUCCGCCGUCUCUUCGUUCCUUCCACAGGGCCCCUCGCGGCAAAUCACGUACCCCUAUUCCACAAAUCUAUCUCAAGUUCAACCGGUGCGAGAUGUUUCUUAUGGUCUGGACCCAUCCAGCAAGUGGCACCACAGAACCAACUAUGCCUCUUGCUACUCAGGAGAAGACCUGGUGCAUAGAGACUGUCUUCCGCCUUCCACCAUGACAGAAAUGCUCAUGAAAAACGAGAGUGUGUACAGCCACCACCACCACCACCAGCAUCAUCAUCCGAACUCUAACCACCCCUCUACCGGUUUCUACGCCGGCGUAGGGAAAAAUAACGUUCUUCCUCAAGGUUUUGAACGCUUUUUUGAAACAGCUUAUUGUAGCACGGACAAUCAGUCAGAUCAUUGUUUACAAAAGAGCGAGAUUAACAAAUUAGAGACUUCGUCCCAGCAACCCGCAGAUGUUUCGGCAGGGCAGGAGCCGGAAAAGGACCCAGAGGAUGACGAGGAACAUACAAAUUCGGGAUCAUGUACUUCAGCAACUACAAAGGACGGGAACGCAAGCAAGAGCAGCCACUCGAGUACCCCGCGCACAAGAAAGAAGAGGUGUCCAUACUCCAAGUUUCAGAUUCGAGAACUGGAGCGAGAAUUUUUCUUUAACGUUUACAUCAACAAGGAGAAACGGCUGCAGCUGUCCAGAAUGUUAAACCUUACUGACAGACAAGUCAAAAUAUGGUUUCAGAAUCGUAGAAUGAAAGAAAAGAAAUUAAGCAGAGAUCGCUUGCAGUAUUUCUCCGGGAAUCCGUUGCUGUAAUUGUUGAAAUUGUUCCUUUUAUUUUAUAUUUCAGGAAAAGAAAAAAAAAAAGAAAAAUACAUAUGUAUAAUAUAUUCUCAACAAUUGAAUUAAACCAUUAUAAUAGGGUUUUAUAAAGGCCAUCAACAGCUCUCAAGUGUAUUAAGCAUUUUUAACUAUUGGAAAUAGGAAAGAAAUGAUGGAGGGUUAGGAAAAUGAGGCAGAGAAAAAAGUGUCCAAAUAAACUGGCAUUUCUAGUUUGUGAUUCACAAACUGCAGUUACAUUUUUUAUGUGCAUGUCACGUCUUUUACGUAAAAUGUUCAAAAUCCUUACUUUAAAAAUGGUCACAAAAUAGCUUACUAUAACAUACUUUUCUGGUUGUAUAUAUGUACAUUAAAACACACACACACACUUGACUCGAACCUGGAGGUGUCAUACAUUAUUAUGUUUUUACCAUUUAGAACUGUGACUUGUACAAUCUGUAAUAAUGUAUCCUUGUACAGAAAUCAUGCAAUGUGCAUUCGUGACUGUAAAUAUAAUUUUAUUUUGAGUAUUCUCACCCUAUCCCUGCUGCUAUUUUUCUUUACAUUGCCUUUGUAACCUUGUGAGCUUUGUUGUUCGUUUCUUUAAAUUAUUUGCUGUAUUGCUGUACGCCCGAACUUCUCCUGUUUUGCUGAGGUGAAGCUCAUUGAUCAGAUUUGGCCUGUGUACUACACGUAUUAAUCAAAAAUAAACACAGAUA